CUCACUGUUGAGACAAAAGGGCAAAAAGCCAAACAGAUCAAGACAGUCUUGACAUUCACAGUUUUAGCUGCAUUCCAUUCAUCAUAUUCCUGAGUUUUAACAAAAGUCGGACCUCCACCUGCAAGGGCCCCCUCCCAGCUUUUUUCUCCCAUUCACCUGCAUCUCCCCCAGGUCUUACAAUUCCACAGGGAAACGCGGCUUUGGCAGCGCGCUGCUGGGGGCAGCGUGGGUCGGACCGAAUCUUCAGUCGGCGGGUGCGCCCUCGCGCGGGGCUCAGUCCAGUACGCGCUUUUCCGCCGCGCGUCGCGGCCGGCAGUGGGGCAGGCAGGAUUCUGCCCUUAUUUACAAGUUUGAUGUUUUGUUCAUUGUGAAGUUUUUUCCAUUGAUUUUGAAGUUUUAAAAUACUGCCUUAGAAUGUGAUUCAUCUUGAUCACUGAGUUUUUUUUUGCGGCAAAUGCCUUAAAUCUGCGCCUCCCCCGAGUUCCCCACCCUCCGCUUCCCCGCCCCUGCCCGCGCAGGAGCUGAAAUUAUUUUGCUCGCUGCUGGAUCCUGAGGGCCUCCACGGUGCCUUGGUACUUUAAUACUGUGAUCUCUCGGAUCAUCAGGACACGUGGGGCGGGGGCGCAGAGAGGACCGUGGAUACAAGCAACGGAGAUGGGCGGGGCGCGGGGCACUGGGGACACUGCCGAGCGGGUGGGGGCCCUCGGAGAGGAGAGGAGGGGCGGGGCGGAGAGCAAGCAGGCGGAGCUCCGGCGAGGGCGUGGUGGGCGAGGCGUAGGGCGGGCCCGGCAGCCCGGCUUCCGGGAGGCGGGUGCUGUCGCAGCCGCCGCUUAGGGGUCGCCGCGGGUGUCUGUGUGUCCCUCCUCCCUCAAGUGCUCACGCCCGUGUCGCAGCCGGGGCCGGGGCAGAGGAGCAGGUGGGGCCCCAGGUAGCGUCACAGCCCGAGCGGGUCCUGUGCGGCACCGCCGCCCGCCCGCGGGUGACCGUCCCUCUGCACUCACUGCCGGCGCGCGCAAGAGUCGGUGCGCCCGUGCUCACUGCCGUCCCCCUCAGGUGUUCCGCGACCGCAGGUGUCCGCUCCCAAGCCAUGGUGGACGUGCUGGGCGGCCGGCGCCUGCUGACCCGGGACGGCGCGUGGGUGGAGGCCGAGGAGGAGCUGCAGAACAAGGUGGUGGCACUGUACUUCGCCGCCGGCUGGUGCGCGCCCAGCCGCGACUUCACGCCGCUGCUCUGCCACUUCUACGCGCAGCUGGUGGCCGAGGCGCGGCCGCCCGCUCCCUUCGCGGUGGUGUUUGUGUCGGCCGACGGCAGCGCGCAGGAGAUGCUGGAUUUCAUGCGCGAGCUGCACGGCGCCUGGCUGGCGCUGCCCUUCCACGAUCCCUUCCGGCAGGAGCUGAGGACCAGGUACCGCAUCACAGCCAUCCCCAGGCUGGUGAUUGUGAAACCAAGCGGGGAGGUCAUCACCGACAAAGGGCGGAAGCAGAUCCGGGAGCGGGGGCUGGCCUGCUUCCAGAGCUGGGUGGAGGCGGCCAACAUCUUUCAGAAUUUCUCCGGGUGACGCCGGGGGUCUCGGGGGCACCUGCUGCUGCAUCCUGAGCACGGGAAGGGGAGUGGCCAUUUCCUCUCCGCCCGCACUGAUACAGUUUAUGUCCCGGCAGAGAGAAACACUGCCAGGGAGGAUCCCGUAGCCUGCGGAUCCUUAUUUCUGUCACUCUUAGCAGAGCUGUCUUCACUCGAGCCUGAGUAUGCUCCCGUUGGGCUCUUGGGAAUCCAUGGAAAACACAUCUUUAUACCACUCCUCAGGUGAAAGAACACAUUUACGAAUACGUCUUCUGGAGACCUACUUCGGUUAAUGCUAAGUUCUCACGACUCAUGUAUCACUGAGGUUUGCAGAAUCUACGCUUUAAUAAACAUUUCCGGCACAGCC